UAAAUUAGUCUUUAACACAGACUUACAUAGAUUGGCAAACAAUUAUUGUCAUUGUGAUUCUUUUCUCUUAGGUUUGAUAAAUAUGUGAAUAAACGUGUCUUUGCUUCCUCGAUCUCGAGGGGUUGAAUCUCAUAAAAGGUUUUUAGAACCUGUAUCUGCUACAAAAGAGAAAUUCUUGCCACGCUAUUGGUAGAUCGCUGUCGAUAGGAAAACACACCCAUGGCUCAAAUCCAGGUCGUUAUGACCGAAUACAAACGCAACGGCGGUUAUUUUUGUCUGCUCCACCGCCUCUAUCCACCCCUACAUUCAUUUCGCCGCACCCAGCCACCCCUCUCGCACCCAAGUUUUCUCAUAAAUACAUUGGUGGUGUACAAGCACACGGUAAACACUCGAAACAUUUCAACCGUAUGGGUGUCAAGAGAACUUCAUCAGUGGGGGUGUACCAGAGGACUAGAAAGCGCCGAAUAUCUACAAUCUGAGAAAACACAGAGAGAGAGGGAGCACCACAAGCCUGAGGAACAGCGAUCGUCGCCAAGAACACAACAGUGCCUGAUUGAUGGAGAAACUGGAUAUCUAAAUAAAACUAAGAAAGAAAUUGUUUCCAUUUACAAGGGAAAAUCCGUGAUCCGAGAGGACAGGUGUCUGAUUAGACUAGAAACAUGGAGCUUGUUGAUAAGAGAACUACAGCCCAGCCAUAAGCGAUGGUAGUAGUCCUAGUAAGUGAACUCUUCCAACUCUGACAACAGGAACUGGAGUCUUGGAAAAGCGACUGGACUUUGCUCUGCAGACGUUUCGUGAAGUGAGGAGGAGCAGGGAGUGACCCAUGGCUCGCUACGACUACACCUUGAAGAUUAUUUUGCUGGGGGAUUUCACAGUCAACAAAGGGGCGCUAAUGCGUUCGCUGGGGGAGCUGACCCCCACCCGGGAGGUGUGGUGUCUGGAACCGCGCAGAAUGGGACUUCUGGAAAUGGUGUUUGUGCGCCCUGACGACAGAAAAGUCAGAGCAAAAAUUCAAGAAACGGGAGGACAAGAACGCUUUCGAAGUGUCACAUCAUCCUUCUACAGAGGAGCCCACGGUUGUCUACUUUUGUUCGAUGUCACCAAAAAAGCAACUUUCGACGGUAUUUCUGAUUGGCUGCAGGAACUGAAAAAUCAAGACCAUUGGGAAGAAAUGGUGAUGGCGCUGGCCGGCUGCAAUUGUCACGUGACUGGAAAUCAGCGUCAGGUGACUUUAUCAAUAGCUCAAGAAUUCGCCAAUCACUUGGGACUGCCUUACGAGGAAAUCAGCGUUGAACACAUCUACACUUUUGUCGACCUCCUGGAAAAGAUCAUCGACAAGAUCCUUCUGAACGCCUCUCGCAUUCCAACACUAUCCACCUCCAUCUUGCCGCUGGAGCAGAAAAUGGAGGACAAAUCGAAAGAAGAGUCCAAAGGAAAGUGUGGGUGCUGAUGCUGGUGGCAUCUGUUGCAGCUGCCAGUGUCGCUAGGUCGGCGGCAGUAUUGACCCCAGACAUUGUAUCUCCACUAUGCAAGGUCUUUGAUAUUGAUAGACAUAGUUCCGCUUGUCGCCAGACACACAGUAUCCCCAUCUACAGGGAUCGCUGAGUAAAUGCCGGAACUUGAGAAAUUGCUACAUUGAUUUUUAUUUUUUUAAGGUUGAGAUGAACAGUGUAUACACUACAGACUGCCGUGGGCUAGGCUGGCUAUGAUACAGGUGCGCCUUGAACAGUUUCUACAAACAACCAACUCAGCCAUUACCUCGCCAUACUUUAUGUAAUGCCAGUCAUCGUUUACCCAUGCCUGUAAAUGAUGUCAUUGAUGUCUCUUAUCUCUCAACCUUCUCUCUGUAUUAUUGUUACAUUACUCACUCAUAAUUGAAAGAUAUCUCCUCUCCCUUUUUACAUCCCAUGAUGUGUUAAUUAUUCAAAAUAUCUACUAUAUAUUUUGAUGAUUUUUCAUCUGAAGUCCUUUCCUUCUCAAAAGGGUUGGUGUGGCCCUACUUUAACGGUGCCUGGGGUUAAACAUGGAGGGACACAUCAUCCUCUGGAUUUGUUCCUCUCUGUGUGUGUGAUAGCACGCUUAUGUUUGGAGAGAUUGUAGGCCACUCUCUCUCUCCUCUCAAAAUGUGACUUUAUUUUGCUAACAGGUGUUGGUAAGCAACAGAUAUAUACUGGUCAGAAACAAUUUUGUAAUAACCUUUAUUUUUCUGUGAUGAAGACUACUAGAGUUCAGUCUGUAUUUUGUGUCAAAGGGAAUGCGAAUGUGUGUCUAGUCCCUGCUCACUUCAUCAAUGCUGACACUGUGUAAGACAAGCACAAAAAAGAUGACAUUGUGCAAUGUGUGCAAACAAUGUUGCCAUGACAUUGUGCAAUGUGUGCAAACAAUGUUGCCAUAGUGCAAGAUACACAUUCAGUGGUGGCACUGCUUACGAUACUCUCAUUUGAUUAGCAUUACGAUAUGCUCAACUGAUUAGCAUUGAUCAGAAUGAGUUGGUUUAGUAUUACAGUCUAUGUCCAGGAUAAUUAUUCUUGCAAUUCGCAAACAUACAUUGAAUAAAAUAAGUGUAAACAGCC